AUGGCGCAAAAGCCAAACAGAAGACCAAACCAGCGCAACGGUCCUCAGCACAAGAAGAAGAAGGUCUCUAAGGAGUGCGCGGAAGGUAAUACGGAACAAGUGCUUCAAUUCGACGUGCAGGCACUGUUGAAAAAACAUGCUGAAAGUGCGGGGAAAAUAGCGAAGGAGAACCAGGAGAAAACACCCUCAGUUGUGCGCGAAAACCGGAGCGAGGAUUUCCCAAAGACUGAAGUUACGGUCUAUGACAUAUCGUCGACGGGAGAUGGCCUGGCGCUUUCUCCUUCGUUCGAUCAUGUCUACGUUGUGCCGUUUACGGUUCCAGGAGAUCGGGUGCGGGUCAAGGUAGUUAGGACAAUGAGCCAGGACCCAUACAGUAUCACAGAUCUACUUGAAGUUCUCAAGCCGUCUCCCCAGCGUGACGACUCCCUCAUUAGGUGCCAGUACUUCGCCAAAUGCGGAGGAUGUCAGCUCCAAAUGCUCCCUUAUGAGGACCAGUUGAAGCACAAGAAACGGAUUGUAGAGAAGGCCUACGCCAAUUUCUCUGGCUUGCUUCCUGAACUAAUUCCUGCGGCACUUGAUACGAUGGGUUCACCACUACAAUAUGGUUAUCGAACAAAAUUAACCCCUCAUUUCCCGAUUCCAAGCCGAACCCGGCGCUCCGCCGACGCCGAUGUUGAGAAGGCAGAGGUGCCGCCCAUCGGGUUUAUGUUGAAGGGCAGACGAACUGUUAUCGAUAUCGAGGAUUGCCCCUUGGGCACGGAUAUCGUGAGGCUGGGAUUGAAGAGUGAGCGCAAGAGAGUUGCGGAGAACCUGCAUAUGUAUAGCAGAGGUGCUACGCUCUUGUUGAGAGAGAGCACCACAAGGGUCUACAACAGCAGGAAUGCAAGUCCCUGUACAGAUCACCAGCUACCAGAUGACGAGCAAGUGAUCCGAACAGAGCACCCAGAAUAUAUCGAAGAAAAGCGUUGCAUCACAGACCAAACCGGAACCUCAUUCGAAUACGUCGAUGACUACAAAUUCGAGAACAAGGCUGGACAAUUCUUCCAAAACAAUAACUCGAUCCUCACCCCAUUCACCCAAUAUAUCCGUGAUAAUGCCCUUGGCCCUUUCUCUCCCUCAACAACAUCAUCCAGUACACAGCCAGCCUCUAAAAUAAAGUACCUGCUGGACGCAUAUUCCGGCUCUGGCCUUUUCACCGUAACGCUCUCCCCUCUCUUCCUCUCAUCCCUCGGUAUCGAUAUUGCCCCUCAAUCCAUCGAAGCAGCCCGAAAAAAUGCCCGUGCCAACAAUUUACCUAACACCGGUUUCGCCGCCGCAGAUGCAGCCACCAUAUUUAAAGACGUUCCUUACCCUCCCGAAAAGACCCUGCUUGUAAUUGAUCCACCAAGAAAGGGCUGUGAUAACAACUUCUUGCAACAAUUGUUGUGGUACGGACCUGCAAGAGUAGUCUACGUAAGCUGCAAUGUUCAUACGCAGGCGCGUGAUGUUGGCGUACUGGUUCAGGGGGCGAAUGUUAAGGGGGAAGAAGUGAGAUAUGAAAUAGAGAGUAUUAAAGGGUUCGAUUUCUUUCCCCAGACCGGACAUGUGGAGGGCGUCGCCAUUUUAAAUAAGGUUGUUCCACCGGCUAGCAGUAGUGCCGCAGAAACAGGAGAGGAGGAGAAGAAGCAGACGGAUGCUUCUGUUUCUUCGGUAGCUAUGGAUGCAGGUUGUCCAGCUGGUUGA